CCCAGCCAAGCCCACAGAGCUGCUAAUUUUAGCGAUUACGUUAAUUUUUCCAAGCAGUCUCAAGUCCCUUGGUGAUUCACAGCCACUCAGCAUUGCUGCAUCCACCACCCUGGCCGUGGGGAUGUGCUGGAGGUGUGCCAGCAUGGACAGACAGACACGGGACUGUCCUGCUAUCCUGUAGCAAGGCAGACAGCUCCAGCAAUAAGUGACGCUGCUGUUCUGGGGCUCCAUCAUCUCCUUGAAGGUGCAGGGAUAUAACAGUGGUUUGUUCCACACUGGCCAGGGCUUGGUCAGGGGGGCUUCAUCCUCUGGUUGGUGCAGCUGGAGGUGAGAAAGGUCCACCAGGCAAUGCUGAACCUGGGGCUUCCCUGCAGCAUGAGACCCACUCCAUCCAGCGCCGUGUGAGUUCCUGGCUGCAUGGAACAGCCUGUCCCUGCAAAAUGCUAAUCUCACCCUCAAUCACAUCCGUUUGCUGUCUCAGGAGCUGCCUCUCCCCUCCAGAUGUGUGGAGUGGGUACAUGCUGCCGUCCCAAACCCUCACGCCCUCUGUUUCUCUCCUUUGUAAGUAGCCUGGGGCAACCUCCCAAUGCUCUCACCUCCGGGAGUGGCUGCAGAAGUGAUUCACAGGCGUGUGCUGUUUGUUACUCAGCCCUGCUUUAUUUCUAGCCAUGUCUUGAAAAUAAUCAUCUUUUCCGGCCAGAAGCCAGAGCCAAUUUCCUGAGGCUUGGGUAGGACUUUUGUCAGGACUAUGACCUGGUCUGCUCUGAAAUUCUGCGUCGUGGAAGGGACCAUAAUCUGAUGAUCCCCCUGUGGGGACAGGGUGUUUGAGGUACCCACCACUGCACCCCUGUCUGCCCUGGGGCAGCACGGCUUAGAAGGAGGCGAGCCCAACAUUCCUCUGAUGAGCAGGGCUUGGGGCAGUGGUUUAUCCAAAGUGCUGAGGUUUAGUUUCUGUGUUGCCUUGCUGAAAACUGUGGGCUUCUGGAUGAGUCAGAGUGGGCAGAAGCCCAGCAGCGCUGGCAGUGGGCAGAUAGCCAUGAUAAGGCUGUGAUAAGGCUGUGAUAAGGCUGUGAUGAAGCUGUGAGAGCCCUUUUAGAGCCCUGUUCUCGUGCCAGGGCUGCAGGGAGCAGGCAGCUCCCAAGCCCAGUGCCUGAGCUCCAGCUGCAGUGCUGUCGGAGAAGUGGGGAGAUUGUUUUGGGAAGUGUGGUUCUGGGAAACUGCUGUGUCACAAGUGUGAACUAGAGCCUUUGGUGGGUGGUGUUUUCAAAAUGCCCAUUCUCUGUGCCCAGAUGCCUGGGUGUUGCCCCAGAGGAGGCAGGAAGCAUGGCCAGGGGUAGUUUGAGCCUUGACACUCACUUCCAGCCAGAGCAGGGUCCGUGGCCAUCCAGCAUGUCCUAUGGCAGAUGUGAUCUGACACAGUGGUGGCCGUGGCCUCCAGCUGAGGGCCCACUCCCUACCAUGUUCCCACGAUCCCUGUCUCCUUCCUUUGAGACUGUCUGGGGACUCUGCUCUCCAUCCCUGCAGUUUGCUGUUUGUCUUGGUCUGGUCCCCUCUCUGAAGAGGGCAGCUUCCACUGCCCUGCACGCUCCCACGACAGCAUGACACAUUUCCUUCCCGUUCUCCGGCAGCAGCCCCCCGCUGCUCCCAUCCUGACCAGCUCUGGUGCCACCCGGAACCUGAGCAGAGGCUGCUGCAACCGGCAGAAGCAUGAGUGGGCUGAUUAGAGGUAGUCAGGGAAGUUCCAGCUGCCCCGUGCUUAGCAAGCCACUGCAGUGGCUCUCAGGAAGCCCAAAGGGGCCACAUGCGCUGACUCUCCUUAGCCACUUCCUCCCGAAUAUCCAUUCCUGGUAGCUGCUGGACUGGGACUGCCUGGAGAAGGUGGGGAGACCUGGGCUGGGUGAUGGGACCUAAGGGCACCCCAGUGUGCUGGAGGGGGCAGGGGAGUGGUGACAGCAGGUGCCCCUGAACUAGUGGAUGGAUGCUUUCCAAACACCAGGCUCUAUCACCUGUGUGUCAGGGCUGCUGAGGGGGCAGAGCAGGGGCAGCCACUGGGAGACAGUUCUUGUGCUGAUCUGGGGUUGCAGGGAUGCCUGCAGUGGGGGUUCUUUGGCACCAAGGUGUUCCUCAUGGCUCGUGGGCAGUGCUCUGGCUUCCUGAGCACUCUCUGAAGCAGCCUGGCCCGUGGCUGGCACCCACACAGCUGCUGACCCUGGCACGGUGCUCGCUUCCUGGCAGCGCUGGUUGUGGUGCCCACAGGACAGAGCCUGCAGUGGGUGCUCGGGGUUUGUGGCCCAUUGGCAUCUGUGGCUGUGGGGGGAAUGAGAGCUGACCCAGGCAGGGUCGGUGUGCCAGGGGUCUGCCUGCACCAGUGGCCCUGGGCUGAGGCACAGCCCAGGGUCCUGACACUUACAGGAGCCAUAGACAGGGAAGCAAGAGCUGUGCCUCUGCCAAGGAAGUGCUGUGGAGCAGCCCUGGUGUGAACUCGUGCCAGGGAAGUACAGAGUUGUGCCCAGGGAUCUGGCUUUGCCUUAUCUGCCCCCACGGGCUGUGUCCCACUGGGGACCAGGGGGACUCCCAGGGCUGAGCUGCUGCCUGGGCACAGGCUGACAUGAGCAGCAUGUUCACAGGGCCCUCUGCUUGUCUUCUUACAAGAACACUGGGGUUCAGGAGAGGGAAACCCAAAACUCCAUCCUUGAGAUGCUUGCUCUGCUGAGGAAAUAGAGGUUGGAAGCAGCUCUGCUCCAGCGCUUUCCCUAACCCCGCCACUGCCCCUGUGCUGAUUCAUUGAUUUGGACGGGUUAUAUACUGGGAGGGGAAGAAUGAACCACACUCUGCUCUCUUGCCAGCACGGAGCUGUGCUCGCUCGGCGCUCGUGGCUGCAGGACACUCGGGCCCAAUGGAUCAGGGAGGCUGGCAGCGGUGGCUGCUGCUGCUGGUGGGCAUCCAGCUGGCCAGUAGCCAGUGCCCAGAACAGUGCCAGUGUGUGCGUAGCACCCAGGUGGAGUGCUUUGGUGCUGGCAUCACCACAGUCCCCAGCCCCAUCCCUGCCAACGCCAUGACCCUGCAAAUCAUCAACACGCGCAUCGCCGAGCUGGGCGACGCCGCCUUCGGCAACGCCUCCCUGCUGAUCGGGCUGCGCGUCGAGAAGAACAUCCUGUCGCGCAUCAGCCCCGGAGCCUUCCAGAACCUGCCCGACCUGCGCUACCUCAGCCUGGCCAGCAACAAGCUGCAGGAGCUCCCUGUGCAGGUCUUUGAGCCUCUGGACAAGCUGGAGUCUCUGCUCCUUUCCAGCAACCAGAUCCUCCAGGUCGAGCCUUCCCACUUCGCCCAUCUGAGCAACCUCAAAGAGCUGCAGCUGCACGGCAACAACCUGAAGGAGCUGCAGGAGGGUGUGUUUGACCAGCUGACCAGCCUCACCAAGCUCAACCUGGCCAGGAACAACAUCGACCGCCUGCCGCCCCGGGCCUUCGAGCGGCUGGCGCGGCUGCAGGUGCUGCGGCUCUAUGAGAACCGGCUCAGGCACAUCCCGGUGGGCACCUUUGAUGGGCUGCCGGAGCUGCAGGAGCUGGGGCUGCACCAGAACCAGCUGGAGACGCUGUCCCCGGAGCUCUUUGUGCACAACACCAACCUGCAGAAGCUCUACCUGUCCAACAACCUCCUCACCGCUCUGCCGAGCGGUGUCUUCUUGCCCCUGCACGCUCUCGCCAAGAUCACCCUGCACGUCAACCGCCUGCGGGACAUCUCUCCCAGUGCCUUUGGGCCCAUGCCCAACCUGCAGGAGCUCUGGCUUUACGAGAAUGAGCUUUCCACCCUCCCCACCGCCGUCUUCAGCAACCUCACCCAGCUGCAGCUCCUGGUUCUCAGCAAGAACCGGCUGCGGUCGGUGGCACCGGGAGCUUUCCAGGGCUUGGGGGAGCUGCUGGAGCUGUCGCUGCACUCCAAUGCUCUGCGCCGUCUGGAUGCCCGGGCACUGGAGGGGCUGCCCAAGCUGCAGAACAUCUCUCUGCACCACAACCAGCUGCAGGCACUGCCACGGGGCCUCUUUGGGGCCACCCCUGGGCUGCAGCACCUGCAGCUGCACUCCAAUGCCCUGGAGUACCUGCCUGCUGGCAUCUUCUCCCCACUGACUGCCCUGCGAGAGGUGAGGCUGCACAACAACUCCUGGCGCUGUGACAAGGGCAUCCUGCCCCUGCAGGGCUGGCUGGAGGAGAACCCUCACAAGGUGGGUGAGAUACCCCCACUGUGUGCCCAGCCUCCCGCCCUGCAGGGCAUCCCCAUCGCUGGGCUACCACAGGACCAUUUCCUCGACCCCCAGCCCCCUUCUGCUGCUCCCCAUCCCAGCACCCUGCUCCCUGCUGACACCUCUGGGGAAGCAUCACCAGAAGAUGCCUCGAUGGAGCCCCCCACGGGGCUGCCAGCCUCCCCACAGGAGGAGGAGGAGGAGGAGGAGAAGAAGGAGGAGGAAGAGAGGGGGCAGUGGGGGCUGACACGCCUGCAGAGUGGGGUGGUGGUGGCAGUCAUCGUGCUGGUGUGUGUGGCUCUGCUGGCUGCUCUGGUGGCACUGGUGGUCUAUGGCUGCAGGAAGAAGAGCCAUGUUGUGCUCAUGAGGAUGAAGGCUCCGAAUGAAUGCCAAGAGCUGUUUAUUCACUCCUUCAUGGUGGGCAGAGGGGGAAUGGCCCAGCAGGAACAAGGGCUGCACUCUGAGGAAACUGAGUUUCCACUCCUCAGAAAUUUUUACAGUAUUGAGGAAAAGCCUGUACAGAUUGCAAUGAGGGGCAGCUCCGCCCCAGCAGGAACAGCUUGUCCCUGGCUUCAGCUGACUUCCCAUCUGCCCCAGAAAACACUGUCCCACCUCAACAAGCAGCAUCCCUGCAAAACUGCCACAGGUUCAGCCACCAUGCCCAUGAUGCCACACUCGUGCAGGCUGGUGAUUUACAUGUUGCUGGAGCUGGGGUCCCUGCUGGUGGGGGCACUGUCCCCAUCCUGCCCCCCUACCUGCCAGUGCUAUGACACCUCCAAAGUCUUCUGCUCAAACGAAAGAAUGCGGGAGAUCCCGGAGGGCCUGCCAGGAAGUGCCACCCACCUCUUCUUCGUGGAGACAGCCCUGAGCAGCAUCCACAGCAGGGACUUGGGCUCCAGCACCAUCCUCACCAAGCUGGUCUUCAUCAAUAACAACAUCCAGGAGCUGGAGGCUGGUGCCUUUCAGGGGCUGCCCAGCCUUACUGAGCUGGAGGUGUCAGGCAGCCCCUUGCCAGCCGUCAGCCCUGGGGUGCUGGCAGGGCUGACCAGCCUCCGGAAGCUCUCCCUCAAUGCCAACGCCAUCCGUACCCUGCAGCCGGGGCUCUUCACUGCCUCUUGCCGCCUGCAGGACCUGAGCUUGUCAGGGAACAGGAUUGAGGCACUGCCCCCUGGCAUCUUCCGCCCCCUCCGGCGGCUCCAGACCCUGGACCUCUCACAGAAUUUUCUGGCUGAGCUGCCAGAUGGGCUGCUGGCCCCGCUUACCGCCCUCCGUGUCCUCAAGCUCAGUGACAACCUGCUGGCACAGGUGCCUCCCGGUGCUUUCAGGGCACUUGGCCAGCUGACUGAGCUCCACCUGGAUGGCAAUCAUCUGGAGGAGCUGCCCUCCGGCAUCUUCUCCGGGCUGGGGGAGCUGCGGCGGCUGCAGCUGCAGCACAAUACCCUGGGCAGCCUGGCCCCUGACAUCUUCACAGGUCUCCUCAACCUCACUGUCCUCAGCCUGGAGGGCAACAACCUGGCCACCGUGCCUGCCAUCCUGUUCACUGGCACCCCUGGCCUCCUCCACCUCUCUCUGGCUCGUAACCAGCUGGAGACACUGCCCCAGGAGCUCUUUGCUAACCUGUCGGUGCUGGAAACCCUGGUGCUCUCACACAAUGCCAUGGAUCACUUGCCCACGGGGGUUUUCCAGGGGCUGGCAGGGCUGACAGAGCUACAGCUGAGCCACAACAAUCUCUCCAGCCUGCCGGCGAGGCUGCUGGCUGGGCUGCCCCUCCUCACCGCCCUGGUGCUGGACCACAACCGCCUGGCCCGCCUGCCCCCGGGCUUCUUCCAUGCCAACGAUGAACUGGUGCGUGUGGGGCUGUCCGACAACCCCUGGGUGUGUGACUGCCACCUCUCCUACCUCCUGCACUGGCUCCAGAGCUUUGCUGAGCCCCUCAUCCAUGGCCAAGCCUUCUGCUCCAAUCCAAGUGCUCUCCGGGGCCAGGCCCUGCUGGAGGUGUCCCGCGGGCAGCUGGAGUGCCCAGGAGCACACGGUGUCCCCCCGGAGGAAGGCUGGGACACAGAUGCUGCGGGGCAGUGCACUUACACCAACCCCGAGGGCACUGUAAGCGUGGCCUGCAAUGCCACAGCCUGUCAUCGGCUCAGCCUUCGCCUCCCUCCUCCUGGGCAGGAGCAGGGCUUGGGGCCGGGAUACCGGGGUGCCUGGGUGCUGCGCUCCCGCUGUGGCACGCUGCAGGUCAGUGUCCUUGUCACAGCACAGAGCAGGAACGAGCCCACAUCACCAGCUCUCUCCUCGGCACCCUAGAGCUUGGGCAGGCGUUUGCUUCUGCUCCGGCAGCCUCUGAACCAGCCUGGGAAACAAAGCAGCUCUCUGUCUUGCUCUGCUACCGCUGCCAUGGUCACCAGCUGUCACCGAGCUCCCUGCAACAGCUGGCCUGGUGGUAUUUAUCCUCACAGCUAUGUGUUUCCUCUGUGUUUCAAAUAUAAUUAAAAUUUAUCUAGUA